GGGCGGGACGCGGGGCUCAGUCGGCGCCGCCAUGUUGGGGCUCGCGGGUCGUUGCUCGGCCGCCGCCGCCGCCGCCGCCCGGCCGCUGCUGCACCGCGGGGCCGGGCAGGGCCACGACUUCCUGCCGCUGCUCCUCAGCCGCGGGGCCGGCCCGGCCGCCGCCGUCAGGGCGCGUCGGGACUAUGCAGCCCAGGCAGCCCCCGCCGCCAAGGCCGGCUCCACCACCGGCCGCAUCGUGGCCGUCAUCGGCGCGGUCGUGGACGUGCAGUUCGAUGAGGGAUUGCCUCCCAUCCUCAACGCCCUUGAGGUGCAGGGCAGGGAGACCCGGCUGGUGCUGGAGGUGGCUCAGCACCUGGGGGAGAACACAGUGCGCACCAUCGCCAUGGAUGGCACAGAGGGGCUGGUGAGGGGGCAGAAGGUGCUGGACUCUGGCGCUCCCAUCCGCAUCCCCGUGGGCCCCGAGACCCUGGGCAGGAUCAUGAACGUCAUCGGGGAGCCCAUCGACGAGAGGGGCCCCAUCACCACCAAGCAGUUCGCCGCCAUCCACGCCGAGGCCCCGGAGUUCGUGGAGAUGAGCGUGGAGCAGGAGAUCCUGGUGACGGGCAUCAAGGUGGUGGAUCUGCUGGCUCCCUACGCCAAGGGCGGCAAGAUCGGCCUCUUCGGGGGUGCCGGCGUGGGCAAGACCGUGCUGAUCAUGGAGCUGAUCAACAACGUGGCCAAGGCCCACGGCGGCUACUCCGUGUUCGCCGGCGUGGGGGAGCGGACGCGGGAGGGCAACGACCUGUACCACGAAAUGAUCGAGUCCGGAGUCAUCAACCUCAAGGAUGCCACUUCCAAGGUCGCCCUGGUCUACGGGCAGAUGAAUGAGCCCCCGGGCGCCCGUGCCAGGGUGGCACUGACUGGGCUGACUGUGGCAGAGUACUUCAGGGACCAGGAGGGCCAGGACGUGCUGCUCUUCAUCGACAACAUCUUCCGCUUCACACAGGCUGGCUCCGAGGUGUCAGCCCUGCUGGGGAGGAUCCCCUCAGCUGUGGGCUACCAGCCCACGCUGGCCACUGACAUGGGCACCAUGCAGGAGAGGAUCACCACCACACGCAAGGGCUCCAUCACCUCGGUGCAGGCCAUCUAUGUGCCAGCCGAUGACUUGACUGACCCUGCUCCCGCCACCACCUUCGCCCACUUGGAUGCCACCACGGUGCUGUCCCGUGCCAUCGCCGAGCUGGGCAUCUACCCAGCUGUGGACCCUCUGGACUCCACCUCCCGUAUCAUGGACCCCAACAUCGUGGGCCCCGAGCACUACGACGUGGCCCGAGGGGUGCAGAAGAUCUUGCAGGACUACAAGUCCCUGCAGGACAUCAUUGCCAUCCUGGGCAUGGAUGAGCUGUCUGAGGAGGACAAGCUGACGGUGGCUCGGGCACGGAAGAUCCAACGGUUCCUGUCCCAGCCCUUCCAGGUGGCCGAGGUCUUCACCGGCCACAUGGGCAAGCUGGUGCCCCUCAAGGAGACCAUCAAGGGCUUCAAGCAGAUCCUGGCAGGUGAAUACGACCACCUCCCCGAGCAGGCCUUCUACAUGGUGGGGCCGAUCGAGGAGGCCGUGGCCAAGGCCGAGAAGCUGGCAGAGGAGCACGCGUGAGGAGGGCACUGCUGGCUGUCCCCCACCCCCCCUGCUGUCC